AUGGUGCCCGGGGGGCCCCUGCCGGAGAGGGACCUGUCGCGGCCCAUCUCGGCAGAGGAGCUGGGCGCGUUCAAGGCAUGGGCGGGGGCGCCGCCGCCGGAUGGCUGGGAACUCGAGACCGACGAGGCCCACGUCAAAGCCUACCGCCAUGUGGAGUAUUUCGGCACCGAUAACAGCAAGGUCGCAGAGUAUGUGCGCUGCGAAUGCGAGGUGGAGGCAGCGGCGGCCACCACCCUCGCGCUCAUCCGGGAGCCCGACCGGCGGCGCGCGUGGGACGACAUCGUCGGCGAGAGCCUGCGGGUGACCCAGGUGCGGGGCCACGAGUUUGUGAGCUUCAGCCACGACGGGCUCCUCGGCGUCGGCGCGCGCAGCUUCCUGCUGUGGUACGGCCUCCAGUCUUUCGACGAAGCAGGCCGCGAGUGCGGCCCCGACUCCACGGCGCAGACGCACGUCAUGAUGUGGUGCCCCGCCGCUGUGGACUGGCCUGGGCUGCCUGAGCCCCCUGAGGGUGCCAAGCGUACGAAGGCCCUCGCGUUCGCGAUGGUGCUGGUCCAGGACGGCGAACGGAGGAGGACGCGGCUCACGUUCGCGGCGCGCGCCUGCUUCCCCGCCGGCCUGCUGGAGUACGUCGUGCCCAGCAUCAUGCGCGACAUCAUGCCGAAGUACGUCACGCGGCUGCAGUGCGCCGCCGCGGCGGCGCCGGAGGCAGAGGCAGAUCGAGUUGCCGGCCCGCCGCAGCAGCAGCCCUCGCGGCGGGUGCAGCUGCACGGCCCGACCCGGGGCCCCGAGGUGCCGCGGGAGCGGCCGCGACAGCCGCCGCAGGCCCCACAGCUGCCCGCGCCGCAGCAGCAGGCGGCUCCGCUGCCCACUGGCCUAGGGCUCGCGUACAUCCCCCCGUCGCGCAAGAGCGCCCUGGCCGCCGAGCAUCUGCCAGACGCGCUCAGCGAGGACGAGGGCGACGUGUGGGGCUCCAGCGGCGCCUACGAGUGCGAGUUCGACUGCGGGUUCCGCGGCAGCUUCGGCGAGGUCGCGGCGCACGAGGGGCGGUGUUGGCGCAGGCGAGAGCUCACCGCUCUCGCGCGGCCAGAGGUCGCGCGGGCCGCCCGGGCCGAGCUGCCCGGCCGUGGCCUCGGCAGCUACCCGCGGGGGCCGGGGAGGGGCGAGGGGCCCGAGGUGCCGCCCCCGCCGGACGCGACCGGGCUGCCCAGCAGGCCUCGCAGGUCGCGCGGCGAGCUGCUCAAGAGUGCAGAAGUCCCCGAGCACCAGAAGCAGCCGUACAUCUUGUGCGGCUACAGACAGGCCCCCGCGGGGCCGUGCGGUCUCUUAGCGACCAUGUUUAUGCUGCACAACGAGACCGUCAACAUGUGGACGCACCUAUUCGGAUCCCUCUAUGCCGUUGGGAUGGGCGUCCACCUGGUCAGCACUCUCGACUACGAUGAUCACGGGGCGAUCGAGGCUGAGGCGCGGUGGGUUCUUGCGCUCGUGUUCACCACAGCCGUCUGCCUGCUUGCGUCGUUCGCGUAUCAUCUGUGCAAUUGCACGGACCAGCGUGUCUGCCAGUGCAUGCAUAAGAUGGACCAAACGGGCAUCGUCUGCCUCAUCAUCAUGAGCUACUUCAGCGGCAUAUCGUUGUUCUAUCGUUGCUUCCCACGGCUUCGACUUUUCUAUUUGUGUUUCGCAGGCUGCGUGGCCGCGGGCGAGUCGACCCCCGCCGCCGCCGCUGGCUCGAGCGAGGAGAAGAAGCUCAACACACAGAUGAAGAAGAGAGUGGCCAACUUAGCGGAGGCCAGAGCUCACCCUGCGUGGGUAGAGCCGCCAGCGCUGUCAGUGGACAGAGAAGCUCAUCGUACCCACAUGAAGUCAGCCAUGCAGGCGCUGGAGCAACAAAUCCAGGCCCAAGAAGCUAUCACGACGGUGCCGUCGCCGAUGCUCGAGGCCAAGCGCCAGGAGUUUGCAGUGUUCCAGUUCCUGCAUCUGUACGCGUUCCUGCCGAAGGAGAGAGUCUCCAACCAGACCAACUUCCUCAGCCGCGUGACCCGCAGGUUCGAAGAAGCACAAGAGGCCGAGAGGGCAGCGGAGAUUGCUCUCACCACCGCGCAAAGGGCGCGGGAAGCCCUAGCCACGGAGGUCACCCAGGCGCAGGAGCUUCUGACGACGUUCGAGGAGCUUGCCAGGGAGGAGAUCAAGACGGUGACGUUCGAGGAGUCCCCGCACAUGACGGCCACGCAGGCAGCGUCGCCGCCUUCGAUGCCGCCUUCUGGUCAAGCUGCGCCACAGGUCAUCGCAGAGCUGCGGGCGGGCCAGGUCACGUUGACUUCGUCCCUCUCGGCCCUGCAGCACACUAUGGUCUCGCUGCAGCAGUCGCUCAGUCAGCUCGUCAUCCAGCAGCAGUCGUCACCUUCCCCAUCCGUGGCACCACCUUCGGGUCCAGCACAGCCUGCGACUCCAUCGGCAGCCACAAUGGUUCCAGUUUCACACAUCGGCAAUGGUGGAGUGAUCCGCCCCAUCACGGGCAAGGUUUCGCAGGCGCGCAACCUGCCCGAGAAGGCUGCCCGCCAGCCGGGUCAGCAGAAGCUACGCCUACCAUCGAAGCCCAGCGGGCCUCAGGACGGGCAGAUCGAGGAGGAGAUGGGCGGCGAGCCGCCCCACAAGAGCCAGUGCCUGGCGUUCGACGCCGAGGAGGAGAUGGACACCCCCAGGAUGCAGGACGCCCACGAGGCCGAGGGCGACGUGUUGGAGACCUCCUUCGAGGACUCCUUUGGGAACAUGGCCUUCUUGGGCUUCGAGGGCGACUACGUGGGCGCUGAGGCGCUGCAGUGGCUGUGGCUUCGCUUCGAGCCGCUCAGGAUCCAGCAGCAGUAUCCACCUACGGGUGACGAGUGCAUGCCAGCUUUUGUAGAGACAGCCACGGACAAGGCCGACAGCGAGCACGCAGGAGUCGAGCUGGUUUCACUACUGGACGCCAGCGGCAGGAUCGGUUCGUCUCUGUCCAGGUUCGUCGGCCCUAUUGCGGCCGAGGCGCAGAACCUGCCAGGUCGAUGCACCUUGGAGGACAUGCAUUGGGUGCUCCUUGGUUUCUCUGGGCAGUCUGGGUUUAAGGCGUGUUGGAACUACUCGGUUCGCAUGGUGGGCCUCUGUUUAGCGGCCCGCGUCAUCGCCCUCGAGGUUGCGAAUCGCUGGCUUCAGCACUUUAGCAACGAGGAGGCCGCGCCUGUCAUACCGGAGUCCGACCUACUUUGGUUCCUGGCCUCUCAUCCCACCCUCGACGCGUCGGUGACGCACAAUGUGGAUAUUAACAUAGAGGAUGUGCCGUCCUUCGCAGUCACUCAGCACACGUUUUCCAGAGCCAAAGCCUCGGCGGCAGGGCCCGGCGGCAUCCCAGGCGCAGUAUUGAAGCAGCUUGCGAUUUUACUGGGCAGCUAUUUCCAUCUUUUGUACGUUAAGAGCACGGCUUUCUACAAAUCGGUUCGUGAGCUGGUUUUUCGUGCCUCCGCUAGCGACGAGGCAGUGGCAGCCCUGCUGAAGUUCUGUGGUCUCCCAGCGGAGGCUACUCAUGAGCUGGCCGAAUAUGUUAAGCACAGUAUCCCGAUCCUGGAGCAGUGUCGCGUUUCCGCACUUCGUCGGGGGUUGUUCUCGGAUUCGUAUGAACAGUCUUGGUUCUACAUUCGGGACGGUGGCGGUGUGGCGUUUCCAUCCAUGGGCUCAGGACCAGGUCAGCAGCUGGGGGACGUCGUCUUCAAUUUCACCGACCCCGCCAUCCCCAACGACAAGAUUGACCAGUACCUACAGCUAUUCUCGGACGAACCUCCCCCCGAGGACCCUUCCCUAGAGGUCCCGCUCUACGUGUGCAACCCUGGUGAAUUCUCGGGAAUCUCCACUACUUCGGUGCCGAUUCGAAUUCGCCGACCUACCCUGUGCGCGUUGAGCCUUUACUGCGGACGCAGGAGACAGGGCGACGUGCAGUGGCAUGUUGAGUGUACUUGCACGCAGCCGCCCAUUGAAUUGAUUGUACUCAGCGUGGACUUUGCCAUUGACGCAGCUCAGCAAAGUUUCGAGCCAGCCCCUGAUUUUGCAGGGGUCAACAAGAGAUCACGGCCCAAGGCCCAGCACGAGAGUUUCCGUUUUCACGACUCCGACUCAGAUGAAGCCGAGGAGACUGCUGCUGAAGUUGUUCGGCCCACUUCAGACCCUGUGCUGCCCCCCUCGGAGUUUCCCGAGGAUGCCGAGGCGGAGCAAAAGAUCGAGCAGGACCAGGCACACACGCGUGCUCAGCUCAAUGCGUGGUACAGCAUGCUGAGCUAA